AUGUCUUCCCUCGAUACUGAGGAUGCCCCCCAAGAACCCUCACUCUCAUCCUCAAGCUCCAAGAAGAAAAAGAAGAAAAGAAAGCGGCCUCAGCAAGAGGCCACCAUCCCAGCCCUCACCAGGGCUGGCCACAGGGCCCUACUGGCUGGCCGGAACCAUGAGGCCUUGACCAGCUUCCAGAGGGCUUUCCUCCUGGCUUCCAGGUCACCACAAACCAGAGACACCCCUGUUCUCCGGGCCUGUGCCUUCAACCUGGGGGCUGCCUACGUGGAGACUGGGGACCCAGCCAGAGGCCUUGAGCUGCUCCUACGCGCUCAGCCUCAAGAGACGGCCCCGGGCGGGUGUCAUGGCGACCAGUGUUUCAAUGUGGCUUUGGCCUACCAUGCCCUGGGUGACCUGCCUCAAGCUUUGGCCUGGUACCACAAGGCCCUGUGCCUCUACCAGCCACUAGGUGACCAGGGACAAGCCCAGGCAAAAAUGGGAGCCUGCUACCGGGCUCUGGGACAGCCUGGGCCAGCAGCCCACUGCCUGCGAGAAGCGAGCCGGGCCUAUGCCCAAGCGGGGCAGCCCCAGGCUUCAGCCCUGGCAUUAGGGGCUGCAGCAGGCUGUAUGCUGAAGAGCGGGCAACAUGGGGUGAGUGAAGUCAUGCAGGUGCUGGAGGAAAGUCGGAGGCUUGCUGAGAGAAGCACUGAGCGGGGACUGCUGGGGCAGCUCUAUAACGAUCUAGGCCUGGGCUACUCCCAGCUCCAGCUGUUCCCGCUAGCGGUAGAGGCCUUCCUGCAAGCCCUGCCCCUGUGCCGGGAGCCAGGAGAGGAGGCCACGGUGCUAAGGAACCUUGGGAUGGCCCACAAUGCCCUCGGCAACUAUCAGGAAGCCCGGGAGUUCCACCAGAAGGCUGCCGACCUGCACGGCUCUGUGGGGCAGCGGAGGGAGCAGGGCUGGAGCUUUGGCAGCCUGGCAUUUGCAAUGAGCCAGCUGGGAGACCACAAGGCCGCCAGAGACAACUACCUACAUGCUCUGCAGGCUGCCCGGGACGCUGGGGACGUGAAGGGGCAAUGGCAGGCCUGUGAGGGCCUGGGGGCUGCUGCAGCCAGACUGGGACAGCAUGACCAGGCUCUGAAGUACUAUAAGGAAGCGCUGGCCUGGUGUCCGAAGGAGUCAGAUUCUGUGCGAGAGCGGCUGGUGGCCAAGCUGACAGAUGCCAUAAGGACCCACUUGGCCCGGGGUGGGCUGCUUCCGACUCACACCCUGACCUCAGCUCCAGGGAGAUCCCCGGCUCCAGGUGGCACCUGCCUGGUGGAAGGGACCCCAGCCAGGGUAGACAGGGGCACACCAGGAGUGCAGCAUAGAUCUUCCGGUGGGUGGGAAGAUGAGUUAGAGGAAGGCCACGAGGAGAAGGAGGAAGAGUCAGCGAAUGUUCCCACGACAUCUUGGGCACCAAGGCUGGAGGGCCCAAGACCCAAGGCCCAUCUCUCAUUUGGAGGCCAAGGCCCCCUCAGAAUGGAGAACCCUGGCCUUCUGGUACCCAGCGGGCCCCGUGGCAAUAGCAAUCUGCACAACCUUCAGCCAGCUCUGGAGGUCCAGAGUGUUCCCCGCCUCCUGCAUGGCCUGAGUGUAGGCCUCUGCGAAAGGGCAAGUCCUGCUGAAUGGGGGAACACACGGCUUCAGCGUAUCCCCCCCUGCCCUGGAGCCCACCAGCAGAGGUCAUUCAGACAGCCCAGGAAACCUCCGGGCAGGAACCCUCAGAGGAGAUCCAUGGAGUCUGGCUUCUGCAUAAUCAUGUGACCAUCCCCUGUUGGUCACAGCAUGGCCUCUGCAGUACCUACCCAACAUACACACCUCAGGGACUUCUGGGACUGAACCCCUUCCCUGUCAUUUCCAGUGAGCACUGCAUGGGCAUGGAGUACAAUGUCUGCAAGUGGGCCCCCGAGCAGGCUGGACAAGGGCUUGGCAGUCUCAGCACCAAGGCGUUCUGGGUGCUUCUCAUUGGGAUUUUUGGAUUCAAUAGGGAAAAGAAAAAAGGAAAACAGAUGGUAAAUUUCUCCCCUUUCUUUUUGGCAUCAAACUUCACAAUCUGGCCUUGCCAGUUCUUAAAAGCAUGACAUCUUGUUUAAGACACUUUAGGGUCGCGGACUCCAUUUUCUCAUAUGGGAAAUGGGGAUCUCAUGCUACAGAAGAUCCACCUUAACUGAACUAUUGAUGCACUCCUCUUCCGCCACACACAAAAAAAGCAGAUGCUGGAUGCAGGGCCCCUCGGGCCUAUAGCAGCACUACUGCUGCUAGCUGCUGCAACAACAGUAUUCUGUAACAUUGCUCACUUAGCAUAUGCCACACCCUGUUGUAAGUGCUUCACAAGUGCCUUCUCCCUUAAUCCUCACAGCAGAUGAAUCCCCUUUCACAGAUGAGGAAAAGAAGGCACAAAGGCUAACUGGUUUACCUGCCAAGUCACACAACUAGUAAGUGAAGCUGAGAUUCAUACCUAGGCAGUGAGUACCUUUAGGAUGCUGUGCAGUUCAACUCCCCCAGUUAAGCCAUUGCUUACCAACAGUUGUUCAUGUUUGAUACCAAAUGUGUUUAUUCCAAUUGUAUGUAUUAUUGUAGUUUGUAAUUAAACUGAUGAA